GCAAAACGGAAGUCUCCUCUUUCCUGCCUGUAGUUGGGUCCUGUACAGCAGCCCGUGCGAGGCUGUCCUGGAGACCCCGCGCUGCCUGCACCUCUAUCGUCUCGGUUGUCAUGGAUGAUGAAGACGGCAGGUGCCUUCUAGAUGUAAUUUGUGACCCAGAAGCUCUCAAUGACUUUCUUCAUGGAUCUGAGACCCAUUUGGACACUGACGACCUUUUGGAUGGUUCGAGUGACCCCUCCAGCUCGUUCUUCUCUACCACUGGGGGCCAUGUUCCAGAGGUCCAGCCUGCGGUCCAGCUGUCGGCCAAUGAGUCGGCAGGCUUGCCCAGAGUCAGUGUGGAUCUGGACUUCCUGGAGGAUGAUGACAUCUUGGGAGGAUCCCCAGGUGGAGAAGGUGGGAGCAAUGGCAUUGGGACAAAUCACGAGCCGUGUGACAUCCUGCAGCAGAGUCUGGCAGAAGCCAACAUCACAGAGCAAAGCUUACAGGAGGCAGAAGCUGAGCUGGACCUGGGCUCCUUCGGAAUUCCAGGCCUUACACAGGUGGUUCAGACGCUACCUGAUCCCAGCCUCUCUGGGGCUGGAGGCGCUGCUGUUGGCGUAGGCAUUGGUGUUGGGGGAGCAGCCACAAUUUUCCCCGGGUCUGCUCCGAGCACCACUGCUACUCCUCCCAAUGCUACAGCUGAGAUGCUUGGGUCAGUGCUUGCUCAACAGGGCCUUCAGCUCCAACCCCAGGUCGUGAACAAGGCCAUUAGUGUUCAGCCAUUUAUGCAGCCUGUGGGCCUGGGAAAUGUGACGCUUCAACCCAUUUCGAGCCUCCAAGCUCUUUCAAAUGGGAAUCAGUCUGGACAUUUGGGUAUCGGACAGAUUCAGGUUGUGGGCCAGCCUACUGUCAUGACUAUCAAUCAGUCUGGGCAGCCGAUCCUGGCUAAAGCCAUGGGUGGUUACCAGCUGCACCAGUCUGGGCCAGAGGUUUCAGGUGCUGGUUCUCAGGCAGGGCUUGGAGGCUCAGGAGGUGGACUUCUCAUCCAAGGGAACAAAGCCACUUUGGGAUCUCCAGCUUUAAACGGACCGGCUGUUUGUGUUAGCAGCACAAAUAGCAGCAGCGGCGGUACAAUGACUGCUCCCGCUGGGCUUUUGGGCUUUGGCAGCACCCCUCUAAGUUCAGGAAUAGGACCCCAGACUCAAACUCAAGGCCAAAUCAUGCAGAUCAUCCAGCGCACACCAACACCCAUUCAGCCUAAACCCCCUCAGGGGGGAGCCAUCCAACCGAAACUCUUCAAACAGCAACAGCAGCAGCAGCCACAGUCGGCACCCCAAGCACCACAAAACGAUGCUCAUAAGGCUCUUGGGCUGCAGCAAAUUCCAGUUUCUGCUGCACAGAAUGUAGCCUUCCUGACAGGAAAGCCAGGCUCCAAUGUUGUCCUGAGUACUCAAGCCACAACACAAGGCCCUCAGUUUCAACAGACCCUGUUCAAGCAACAAGCAGCACAACCCUCUGGCAAGCCCCUCAGUGUACACUUGUUAAACCAAUCAAGCAGCAUCGUUAUUCCCUCUCAGACAGUUCUACAAGGUCAGAACCACCAGUUUCUUCUGCCACAACUACAGGCAGGUGGGCAAAUUCUGACCCAGCACGCUGGGGGCCACAUCAUAACUAGUCAGGGUCCUGGUGGACAGCUCAUUGCAAACCAGAUUUUAACUGCAAACCAGAACAUCAACUUAGGCCAGGUGUUGACUUCACAGGGCCACCACGGGGCUGCCCACAUCCUAUCUGGACCCAUUCAGCUCCAGCCCGGUCAGAUGGGCACACCUACACUAUUUCAGAUGCCCGUCUCAUUGGCUCAGAGUCAGAAUCAGACACAGGCCCCCACUGUCUCAGGUCAUGCCCAGACAGUCAUACAGGGCAUGCCAAUACAGAACUCCCUGACCAUGUUGAGUCAGGUGGAAGGACUGAGUCCCGCAGUUAGCCUUCAGCCAGCCCUGCAGCCGCAGCCAGGUGGAGUCCCCAGCAGCACAGGAGCAGCCACCAUGGCUCAAGGACAGUCUGGAGAAUGUGUUACCGUGCUGGGAAGCUCCACAGACCAGGCUGCUCAUCCCGCUCAGCAGCUCGUGCCACAGCCCUCUAUCCUUUCCAUGCCACCGGCGUCCUCCGUGUCCACGGCUGCCACAGUACCCUGCUCUUCUCCGUCCAUAUCUGUUUCCACCUCUUCCUCUGUCACAGCGGUGGGGCUGGUCCCCCCUCAGGCUCAGCACAGUCCAGGGAGGCUAGUGUUCACCAACCAGGGCUCCAGCAUGAUCCUGAGCCAGGAGUCUUUGCAGAUGUUCCUGCAACAGGAGCAGCACCACCAAACAGAGAAUGAGUCAACCCCCUCUGUGGGAGUGCCGGCGUCUGUAAUCGUCAGCAGCAACAACAUCACUGCUCCGGCCCCCGCUGUCCAUGACAGCCAAUUAACUGACUCUUGGGUGGGUCAGAGCCACAGUCCUUCCCCUGGCCCCUCCCACAUGACAGCAGUGGUAAAGCAGGUACCCUCCAGUGGACAUCAGCAGACUCUGAAGAUCCAGGGCAUGUCUCCUUCGCCUGCCUUGACCACUCACGCCACAGCGCCCCCAGUGGCCGAAAGCCCCCAGCCUUCUCAGUCUCCUCUCACUCUGUGCCAGCAGAUCCAGUCACCACAUCACCAACAGCAGUCGCGUCCACCCUCUCAGCCUCAGCCACAGUCCCAAACUCCCUCCCGCUCGUGCACGCCCUCAUCUCACACUCAACUGUUCAUUGUCCACAACCAAAUCGCAGAGUCCCCCAAACCCGCUCCGCAGGGCCAGCCGCAGCAAACGCCACCCCAACAAGCACACAUUCAGGUUCAGCUUCAGCCUCAGCCUCGGCCGGCCUCUCAGCCCGCUCCCUAUCAACAAGAUAUGCCUCCGGUGUCGCAGUCGCCCAAGCCUCCUUCUGCACAACCUGCACAGCAUCAGUUCACUACGACUCCUGUCAGCACAUGCGCUACUGCUGUGGUAAAAACCCAGGUUCCCAUCCAGGGCCUGACAGCAGAGCAGCAACACCAUCUGCAAUUAGUAGGAGCUCAAAUUCAGACUCUGUCAUCCAUUUCUCAGCCCUCGCAUCAACAGAAACAGCUUUUGGACAAACUGCACCAGGUCCAGCAGAACAUCGUGCUGCAGGCCAAGCAGUCUGCUCAGCCUCAGCCUCAAGCCUCGAGUCAGUUCAGUUCCCAGCAAGAUGUGCCUGUUGAUAAAGUGAUGAUCACGUCAUCAGCCAGCGCUGGUACACCUGCUCAGCUCCCCUCUAUGCUGCAGCAGACGUCAGUGCUCGUCAAAACUCCUGCUACAGCAUCAAGUGACUUACAGGUAUUCUCAGGAGCCCAAGGGCCAGCUGGAGCAAUGGUGAAUCAGACUGUCACUCCUGCUAGCCUUACCCAGCCUUCACAGGUUCAGCCAAAGCCGGGAGUGAUCAGCUCAGUUGGAGGAAUGACUCUGGGGAAAGGUGGGAUGCAGAUACAGGUGUUGGGAGCGAGUCUGACUCAGAUGCCUGCUCCUCAGCCCCCAGCUCCUGUACAAACUCAGACAACAACAUUGAAAAUGCCUUUCAGUGCAGAGCCCAGUAAAGAAGCCAGGAUGCUAGAACAGCUAAGGAAACAUCAGGGUUCAGUGCUUCACCCAAACUACAGUGCUUCUUUCCACUCAUUUGAGGACACAAUGCACAGACUUCUGCCUUACCAUCUCUACCAGGGAACUGCCAACUCUUCUCAAGAUUAUCAGAGAGUGGAUGAUGAAUUUGAGAGGGUCUCCUGCCAGCUGCUGAAAAGGACACAGGCCAUGCUGGACAAAUAUCAUUACUUGCUCUUUGCUGAGUCAAAACAGAGACUGGGCCCCUCGGCAGAGAUGGUGAUGAUCGACCGGAUGUUCAUUCAAGAGGAAAAGGUUGCAUUGAAUCAGGACAGAAUUUUGGCCAAGGAGAGACCAGAGGAAUUCGUGGCAAACAUUCAAAUGUUGGAGAGUGUCGUUUCUUCCCAACAAAGUUCAUCUGCUGAACCCGCCUCACAGAGUGGAGGAGUCUCUGCUGCUGCCCCUCCUCUAGCACCUGCACCUCAUGCUCCGACCCCUCUUCCAAACACUGCCCUGCCCCCUGCACCUGCACCCAUCCCAGCCCCGACUCCAGCCCCAGCGCCGGCUCCGGCUCCGGCUCCGGCUCCUGCCCCGGCUCCGGCUGCAGCUGCAGCCCCGGCUCCAGCUCCCUCCCCGGCCCCGGCUCCUCCCCCUGCUCUCGCUCCCACUCCCCCUGCCGUCCCUUCACUUUCCCCUUUCCCUCCCACCAAGCUGGUCAUAAAGCAGGGUGGAGGCGGAGCGUCCGUGUCCUGGUCCAGCAGCUGUACCCCACCUUCGGUUGCAACGGGCAAGCCGGUGGCUGAGCCCACCAGCCAGAGCGGCUCCUUCGUUCGUGCUCCGGCGGCGGCGGCGGGGGCGUCAUCAUAUUCGUUUUCCUCAUCGUCGCAUACCUCCCAAGUGGCCGAUGACGACGACGCCCUCCCGCAGCGAACCAGUAAACCUCCUAUCAAGACCUACGAGGCCCGCAGGAGAAUCGGCUUGAAGUUGAAGAUAAAGCAGGAUCAAACGGGGUUCAGUAAGGUGGUCCACAACACUGCCUUAGACCCAGUGCACACACCUCAACCUCAAAUGAGCAGCCAGUCCGCACCCCAGCCUCAAAGUCAACCUCAGUCCGAAGCUGCUGAAACACAUGCAAAAUCCCACCCUUCGUCAACUCUUCCCACUACAGUCAUCAGAACUCAGCCCCCCGUGUGCACUCCUUCUUCUUCUGGCUUAUCGGUCACAAUUUCAACCGCUCAGUGCAACCCACUGCCGAGAGGUAACGUCCCCGCCAGCGCAGCCCCUUCCUCCUCCUCCACAGCCUCCUCUCACACCUGGUCCACGUCCACCUCCUCAUCGUCCACGCAGAUGAAUGGGACGCUGGAUCAUCACAGCAACGUGGGUAGGGUCAAACACAACCCCGCCUCCACUGCCACUCCCUCACAGACAACCUGCCGCCUUCCCCUCCGAAAAACCUACCGGGAAAACAUUAGUCCCCGGGUCAGACCGGGGGUCCCGGGUGGCGGAGAUGAACAUUUUUCUUACCCCAGAACUACGCCCUCGCCCCCCAGGCACGAGGCCUCGACUCCUCCGUCGGAGCGGACAGUGAUAGCCAGCGUGAAGGUGGAGAAAAGAGACAGGGAAGCCUUACAAACUCACACAGAGUCGAGCCACGAAACCGGAGGACGUUUAGGAAGUGCAAUGCAGGGACUGGAUGAUAUGGACGAGGUGUUUAACCGUGGCAUCAAGACCACGCAGCACCAUCAUCUCCCACAGCUUCUAGACAGGGAAGGGGCAAAGGAGAGGGGGGAAGAGCACACCGACCAAGAAACAGACGUGAGUAAGUGCAAGAGGUUGAGUGGAAAAAACAGACACAGGCCAGGAGGGACAUUCAGGAUGGACCAGCAUGCCCCCGGGCCUCCUUCCCCGGAGUCGUCCUUCACGCGAGACUCUUUGCUUCCUGCCAAACGCUGCAAGUCGGACUCUCCCGACAUGGAUAACGCCAGCUUCUCCAGCGGCAGCCCCCCGGACGACUCCCUGAACGAGCACCUGCAGUGCGCCAUCGACAGCAUCCUGAACCUGCAGCAGGAGCCCUCUGCCCGCGGGCACCACCACAUCAAAGGUGGCAACAGCCGGCCCCACCAACACCAAAGUCAGCGCCCAGGUGGCUCGACAGCCUCAUCCCACAGACCUUCGAUCCCACACCCCUCCUCCUCCUCGUCUUCAUCCUCCUCCUUGGCCCAGCACCCUCAGGUCGGUGGCCGUGGCCACAAUGGCAGCCUGGUGCCCCAGACUCAAAGUAGAUAACAGACCCUCAGCCCAGACUGACAAAAGGGUGGAGGGGGGGGGGGGCGGACUGAGAGACAGUUUCUGUGGCAGUGGAUGGGGGCACCAAUGACAACAGUAUCACUGUACUACUCUGCCAAGCAGCGUUGUCUUUGUUUGUCCAUUUGAAUUGUCCAGACUUUGUUUUUUUUUUUUUGUUUUGUUUUUUUUGUCAUUUACAGUCUAAGGUAGUAGCCCCCGGGGCGGAGUAAAGUGUGAGUGUGGUCAAAGGUAAAACAUCGAAUUUGCAGACUUGAAGAUGCCUGACAAUUUUUGUAUGCGUCCUGUCAGCCCUCGAGUAAUAAGAUGAAAUAGUCGAAGGCUGUUCUUUAAUUCUCUAUUUCUCACUUUUUGAUCUUUUUCUUCUUCUCGUUCGGUAUUUAUACAUUCCUUUCACGUGGCCUGAGCUCUAGUUUCUACCCACAGCGGUUCGUCUCCUGGUCUGAGCGGUGUCGUAAUGAACGUUGGGGCAGUUUGUCAGGAUACUGUCAUACUGUAAACGGUCACAAUGCAUAACAGCGUGUUCCUGCACCAACCAUGUCCUCUAAUCGUAAAGAUAAUGCUGCCCUACGGUGACCUCAUCCCUGAACACCACACGCUGACGUGAUGUCGUCCAGCUCUUCACCAACAGUUUAUUUCUUCAUACAGUUUAUAGUCCUAAAAGCUCAGUAAAACUGGUCAACUCUUCUUUUUCUUCUUCAAUUAGCAAAACUGUGGAGCGUCAACCUUUAUGCCUGCGUUUCAUACACACCUCACAUGCCUUUUUUUUUUUUUUUUUUUUUUUAAAUGUAAAACAAGAUUAUGUGAAAAGUUUGAAGUUGUUUUAAGUUGACUGUUCUUGCAUACUGUAGUGUCGUACUGUCGGGGAUAUGAAACCAACCUCGUAAGGAGAUUCUGAUCUUUCCUGCUUCUAAUGUCACACGAUUUUCCAGGUUCUCGCCUCUUAGACCACACCUCCACACACACACACACAGACACACACAGACCUGCCCACUGUCGCUUAUUAUGCCACAUUAGGACUUUAUGCAUUUCAGUCAGCAGGGGUCAGGCAAGUUUUAACCAAUUUUCUGUGUUAUCAGUCUGUUUCUGUCAUCUUUCUGCAACUGUAUACAUGCCUCCCAUGCCCAUGUGUUUUUUUAUUUUUUAUUUCUUUUUCUUUUUCAUUGGGUCUUCUUUUUAAGCCUGAUGGACAAUUCAAACACAAACACAGCACAAGCAUCGAAAUGGAAAAAAGGAACAAUAAUAAUGUACAAAAAGACCGUAAGAGAAUUUGAAGUAUAGUAUUACAGAUUAAUUUUGUAUUGUAUUUAUUGUGUAUAAUGACACUUUUUAAAAAGAAAUGUACAUUUAGUAAAACUGUAAAUUAAACCUUGCUUCUUUUAUGAAA